GGUAUUGAUUCAUAGUCUUUUGUCCUCCGUCGCUAAUCCAUGAACGUUCAGCGAGUCCAACUGCUGUUGUUGUUUGCUGAAUUUAGUUGAGUACGCUGAACGUAAACUGUAUUGCGAGGAGUUCGAGCAACCGACUAGUUUAUCGACAUCGACUUAACCAUGAUUCCUAACGCCUGCCUUGCUUCCUGUUUUUAUAAAUACAUGUCUCUAAUUUUGGAACACGUUCCUUGAAUUCGAAUUAAUACUUUUUCUGGAAGACUUUAACACGGAAAUUACGACGGUGACAACAGAAGGAUAUCCAAAACUAAGAAUAUAUUUUAACGAUGGCCGAUAAUUCAGAACCUGACGUGCACGCAGAGCCAGUACCCGAGUGGGACUCGGCAUUGGAUACAUGGUCCUGGGCCUGGCAACUACAUACAUACGGCAUCGGUGUAGCGUUUUGCUUACUCGGGGUGUACUGUGUCUAUACGACAAUUAUGCUGUUAAAGUACAACAGGGGAAAACUUAAGUCAUUCUUUAUUACCAUAAACGUGCUUGUGCUUUUACUUUGUUUUCUGCGUGCUGUGUACUUAAUCGUCGACCCGUACCGCUCAAGGGAAAUUUUUAGUGAGCUAGUUUCACAGAUGUUUUUCAACGUCGCAUUUCCGUGUUUGACAUCCGGUUUCUCAUUGGUAAAUUGGGCAUUUCUCGAGAGUAGCAAGUUCAAACUGUUGUCACCAAAGUUACAGAAUGCGCGUCUUCUCGUUGCUAUCAUCAUCAUUCAUUUCGUGUUUGUCCUUACUGUAGAUUUUGUGCUAGCAUUUGUCUCCGGCACUUGGAUUUUGGUUAUGCUGUGUCAGGGCACAUUUAUCGUGUGGGGCCUAAUAUUGUGCAUUGGAUUCUCUUAUUCUGCAUGGAGAGUUUACAAUAUUAAGAAAAAUGUCAGAUCGACCAUGUAUCAAAUGAAUGAUUCUAGGAAUGGAGUGAGAGGAAGAUUUAAGUUUAGAAAGACCGACAAACAGAAAAAUAAGAGACAGGAUCCGGGUAACAAGGACCUCGGGGUGAUGGCAGAUCCCGAUACACAAGUCAGUAAACUUAGCCUCAUCGCUGAUAAAUACAAUUGCUUAAAAGAAGAACCAUGUAAUGCGUUAAAUGAUCAGCAACCUAUGCAGUUUGAUCAGGAUAAGUCAGCAGACCUAGAAACGGAUAAAAUACAAUCAAAUGCUGCAUUGAACGGCAAUAUCAGCAAUAUCGAUGACUUUAAACUUGAAGAAGAAAUGAAAGCACAUAGUGACAAUGACGUUAUUGUAAAAACUGUGUAUUCUCCGAACACUGUCGUUGACGCCAACGGAACGCACAACACUGCGAAAGCGCUUUACGAUUCCACAAACGAAAAGGAAAAUAAAGCACCAAUUGAUUCGCCCAAUUCGUAUCAAUCAAAUGAAGCAUGUGGUACCCUUGCAAUUUGUGAACAAUCAAACUCUUCGAAAAUUGAUAUUGUUUCGUCAGAAAUUUCAAAUGAAACGGUUAAUAACAUCAACCAAAAUGAAACAGUUUACAGGAGGAACACACUGUCGAAUCGCGCUUCAGUUUUCCUCACCUCUAUUAAAGAAAAUCGUUUCCUUCGAAGACAAAAUUACGGAGUUAAGCCUGUAAAAAGGUUAACCAUAAGUAGGCAAACCUCAGUUACUAAAAAGAUGAUUCGUAUUACGUUAAUUACGACGGCGUUUGCAGCCAUUAUUUGUUUGAUAAGUACUUACGCGAUGUUUGGAGUGUUUAGCGUACUGUCAGAUGACAAGGACCCCGAGCCGUGGGGCUGGUUUGCCUUCCAAACGGUUAUGCGACUGUGUGAACUCGGGAUGGCAGCUACAAUGGUGUACCUCACCACCAAGCCAAUGCAGAGAAAGAGAAAUUUCCAACAACAGAGUAAACGCGAAACUGAAUAAACAGUAUAGAAAUAUUCGAGUGCAGCGCCCUAUUCAUCUUUAACUAAUUAUAAAGUUGAUCGUCUGCACAAACCACCUCCACAACUUUGCUAUGGGUGCAGAGAAGAGUAAUCAGAUAGUUGAUCAUCAGCACACGACGAAUUGUUAGACAGAUACUAUCUUAAAAAACAAUACUCUCGAAUUUGGACUGUCGAAUGUAGUUGAAUGCUUACGCUAGUAUUCUUAUCGACCAACUUCUUAGCAAAGCUCAUCGUGAUAUUUUAGUUGUAAAACUUUUGUUAGCCAUCUUGCAGCUUCACAGAUUAAUGACUAUGUAGAAGGUCAAGACAUAACGAACAUUCAAUCAUAGAGCUUAUAUUAUCGUUUGCUUUUUCGUAAAGUUUUAGUACUUCACAUUUUAACUUUACAUUAUGGUAGUAGGCAAACGUUGCAAUCAUUUCUUACAAAUAAUUAAAUUAAUAAUAAUAAUAAUAAUAAAUAGAAACACAUAAACGCAUAGGCCUAUCCAUAAUUCAUAUAUGUACUAAUAUGGGUAUCAGUACAUAAUUCAUAUAUGUACUGAUACCCAUAUUAUAUUUUACUUUUUACGAGCUUCAACAUACGUGAAGUUAAAACCUACGAGGUGGCGUAUUAUUAUUACAUCUGCAUCUUCACACGAUCACUGACCUUAUGUGCGUGAAAACAGGUAAUAUCUUAUAAAGUUCUAAACACCGAAUGAACAUGUACGGUAAAUUUAAUUACCUACGGUAGUGCAGUUGUAGACUCAUGUGCAAUUAUAAUUUAUAUGCUAAAUUUGUAUAUAACAUUUUAAUUAUUAAUGUAUAGUUAUUUAAGAGAUGUUUCGAAUACUCAGUACGUUGAAAACAAUUGCUAAAAAAUAUUAUUAUCUAUCAUUCAUGCAUUGAUAUCUACCAAUACCCUGACAUUUACUAAAAAUCCCUAACAUUUAGUCCAAUACUUGCCCUUUGUUUUCGUAAAAGAAAGGCGUUUUUAUAGAACGAUUAUACAUAAUAAACCACAAAUGAUUAAUUUUUAAAAACUGAGGUAUCUGAAGGUUUGUUUAUAAUUUACAUUAUGUGUAGUAUCCAAAAUUAUGCAGUAUUAUUCAUAUUUUCAAACUUUCGAAAGGUGGAAGAGAAAAAAAAUUUGGCUGAACAUUUGAAUUUAGGCAUUGAACUAAAAAGUUGCUAACACUGCCAAACUUCAUACAAGGUAUUUGGGAAAGGGAAAUUUCCUCUCUCCCCGUCGGACAGGCCUAGGAAAUCCCUAAUAUGUGGUCUGAAAGUAACAUUGUGGGUCAUACGAAGCCAUGAAUCAUGAGAAAUUUAUUCAGGGACAGGGACGUAUCCAGGGGGAGCCGUGGGAGCCGCGCUAAAUUGUGCUAAAUGCGAAAAAAGUGUGUUGAUCAUAAUUAUUAUAGUAUAUAUAGUUAAAG